CGAGGUAACAAUUCGCUCCAGGGCGACAUAUUUUAUUGUUUACAAACAAUUUGUAUAGUAUGUCUCCGAUUUGUUGUAAUGUUAUAAAUUGUAAUUGAAAUCAUAUAAAUAAUUUGGCAAUACAAUGACUACGAAGGUUUGUUGUUGCUUGUGCUUUUCACCGUGCUACAACUACAAACUAAUGCAGAAUGAUAAAGGAGAAAGUACGGAGGUGUACGACAUUACAGUCAAGUAUUUUGAUCCCAUAAUGGUUUGUAUGAUUCUAAGCGAGGAACAAAGUGGAAAAAUUGAAUCUUCAACAAAAGUUUUAUGUAGUAACUGCUGGACUCACAUAAACGAUUUCCAUGACUUUCAAUUGGAGGUACAUAAAACUCGGACAGAAAUGCUGAUGUUGGUGCAAGGACCUAGCAAGGAAUUUGUUAGUGAAGAUGAAUUCUCCGACAGGGGAGGUAUGGAAGGAAACGAGACUGAUUCUGAUAUCGACGAUAUCCCACUGACCAAGUUGUUUAACAAUGAAACUUUGCUGCACAAACCGAUCAAGAAACAGGCUGAAGAUGAAAAAGCUCUGCUUUUAAACACCGAUAAUGAUAGUAAGGAAGAAAAGGUAUCUAGUUUGGAAAAUAAUGGUAACAUAAACUUUGACAAAGUUGAAGUAAACAGUACUUUGGAAACUAAAGAGGAAAAAAACGCAAUUUUGUCCGAGUUUAAAGAGGAGGAUGCAAUGGAUAGCAAUUUCGAAUCAGAAGUCAAAUCUCCAGCAAUAAAUACACCGGAAAAUGAUAUUGAUAUUAGCGAAAUGGUUUGUGAUAGUGAAAAUACAAUUAAAAAGUCGAGAAGGGGAAGAAAAUCAAAAAAUGAGAUAAACAGUGAAACCGCAAAAGGAAAACCUUCGGUCCGAAAAUUAAAAAGCUCUAAAGAUAAAAACAAAAUGGAAAAAUCACAUAAAAAAGGAAAGGACCCUAAGCGAACGUCAUAUAUGGAUAAAUGUCGAGAGAAUGACGCAUUUAUAGCCCAGUGGAAACCGAACUUGGAUUGUGAUUUGUGUACGGCCACAGCAACUAAUUUCAAUACCCUGAGAGAGCACUUCCGUGAAGAGCAUCAAACUAGGUGUUACAUUAAGUGCUGUGAUCGAAAAUUUUACCGCCGUUGUGUUCUGAUGGAUCACAUACGCCUGCACAUAAAUCCAGAAACACACAAGUGCGAUAUUUGCGGCAGGUCCAGCACGACAAAACAUAAUUUAAAGUUACACAAACAGGUUAUGCACGGCAAUUUGAAUCAGUUCGAAUGCGAGGUGUGCCACAGGCUAUUUAAUCAGAAGCCAACAUUGGACCGACAUAUGUUAACGCAUGUUAAAGGAGAGAACAAGUUCUUCUGCAAAGAAUGUGGCAAAGGAUAUGUUUUGGAAUUACAACUCAAUUCUCAUAUCAAAACUGUUCACGGUGUCGAUUGUGUUUGUGAUCAAUGUGGCAGAACAUUUCAUGGAGUCAAUGCUCUCAAGAAACAUCUAUUGGAUCAUGCUGGAGUCCCAAAGCGUAAGUAUCCAUGUGACAUUUGUGGCGCUCAACUAAAUACCAACAAUAACCUAAGACGACACAAAGCCGCCUAUCACCACGAUGGCACUACGGCAUACAUCUGUAGCAUUUGUGGAAAGGUGUCAUCUAGUGAGAACGCAUUACGAGCCCACAAAAAACGUGUACACGAAGAGAACCGAAAACACAAGUGUACCUACUGCGAAAAAGCGUUCAAAAGGCCCAAAGACCUGCGAGAACACAUAGCAACGCACACCGGUGUCGACUUGUAUCAGUGUCCACAUUGCCCGCAAACAUUUAAAGUUAGUGCAAAUAUGCAUCAUCAUCGCAAGAGGGCACAUCCCAUCGAAUGGGAAGAAGCGAGAAAAAAUCGCUUACAAUUGCCUAAAGUGAAUAUUCUUGAGGUAACAAAUCAAAUAGUUAUGUAAGUUUUAGAACAUACUAUAGUUAGUAAUAGUAAGAUGAAGAAUGUAUUUCCGCAAUACGUAGAUAUUCUCCAGAAUAGUGGAGGCACAUUAAGGAAACAAAUUGUUUACUUAAUAAAUCUUGUUUGUGCUCAAAAGUUUGAUAACUACCCCACUAUUUGGCAAGUUUUUUGAGGCAAAAAUCAGUAUUUGCCUCAAAAAAAUUUCAUAUUGGAAGAUCUUAAUGUUUAUUAUAACCUACUUCACAUAUAACGGUACCUCCCGAUAUUCGUUAUUUUCAUGAUUUUAGUGACAUUAUUUACUGAAAUUACUUCAAAUUUCGCAUUUGAAGUUCGUAAUGGGUGCUACAGCGUUGACAAAAUUUUUUGUAUGUAGGUUCACGUUUUCGUAUAUCCCCCAUAUGACGGUAUCCUCGAUAUUCGGUACUUUUGAUGAUUUUAGCGACAUUAUUCACCGGAAUUGUUUCAAAUUUGGUAUUUGAUGUUCUUAAAGGGUACUACAGCCUAUGACAAAAAAUUUCGCAAGCAACUCCACGUCUUCGUAUAGUCUCCAUAUAACAGUUUUCAUUUUUUCGGGAAGUUUUUUGAAAAUGUUCAAGUUCCUUCCAAAUGGUGGAGGGUAUUAAAAGUUCUGCCCGGCCGAACAUAGCCGCUUUUUUACUAGUUUUUAAACAAAAUUCUUAUUGAUACAAAAUUGAAUCCAAAAUAGUAAGACUAUAGAUUAAUCCCGAAAAUGUACAAUUUGUUGUCCAUCAACGUCGAAAACAUUCAUUAAUUUUUGAAAUAAUUUAAAAUUAUUGUGUUUUUUAUUCAAAACCAUACACACACAUAUACAAAAUGUGUAUAUGUUUUGACAUAAUAAAAAAAUGUUGCUUUGUUCUACCUUCUGUAAAAAGUAUUUACUAUUAUUAUUAUAAGUUGUUUUACUGGAUUCAAAAUUUCACAAUUUUUAUGAAAGAAUAAAUGUUUAUGAAAAUAUCUUCGCACAUUAAUAUUUUAUUUUGUUAUAAUUCGCCCUCAUUAUGACUACAAUGAAAACACAUAAAACAAGUAGAUUGAACUAAAAUGUUCUAUUUGCGGAUUUAUUAAAAUAAAAUAAACAUUUAUUAAACACAUCGUUUGCUCAAAAGUAGCCCAGUAAAUUAUUACGUCGAGUCAAAUUUUUAAUUUGUUGUGAAAUAAAACGUUUUAAGAAGAUUCAUGUGUAUAGGGAAAAAAGUAAAUAAAAUGGCCGGUUCGAUUUGCGUAGUUCCUUAUAUAUAAAACUCUUAUAUCCAAAUUCUACUAUAAUUAUCUUUGUUUGAGCCACUUUUACAUAUUAAGAGCUUAAAAACCAAA